AAUUAUUAAUUGUGUUAUAUUUGACUAUAUUUUAGAGAAUAGUUUUUUUAUAACGAAAAGGGGAGGACUUGCGAGGGGCUACCAGGUGGUGUGGCUCCUCUCUUUAUGCGUAACCUUGAGAUGAGAGCUUCUUGCCCACAAAAUGUUGGCCAAGACCUUGGGCGGGUUGGCUCUACAGUCCACCUAAGAUGAUUUGGUCAGCACACAAUUUUUUAACAGAGCAAGUUUUUUGUCACUAGACAACUUAUCGUUUGUCUAGUCUAGAGAUUUGUUAAAGGGUCUUAUUGGUGCUCAAUAAUGUUCUUCGCUGUCUAACAAUAAUGUUCCAUGUUAAAUUCAACACAAAAUAAACUCAUCACACAUUUGGCAUCACUCUAAUUUUGGCAAUAUAACUUACAAAUUACAAUGCUUAUAUAUUGGGACUCAAAGAGUCAAAGGCCUCUUUCAUGCAAACGAAAGUUAGAAACAUGGCAAUUAGGAUUCUCUCUUCAAAAUCCAUAUUCCUUCGCUCUUUCGUUACUACCCUUAAAUUUUCUUCUGGUGCUCUACAACAUUCAGACCUACGAUUACCACCGUCGCCACCGGAUAUAGUGAACGAUGUUUCCCGAGUUCUAAGCGACCACCGCAAUCCCCACGAUGACUUGGAACAUUCACUCAAUACAUUUUCAACCCAUGUAUCAACAACAACAGUCGAACAAGUCCUUAAAAGGUGUAAAAAUCUUGGCUUUUCUGCACACAGAUUCUUUCUUUGGGCUAAAACAAUUCCGGGUUUCCAACACAGUGUUGAGAGCUAUCAUAUUUUGGUUGAUGUCUUGGGAAGUAGCAAGCAAUUUGCAAUCUUGUGGGAUCUUCUCAUAGAUAUGAGAGAAUCCAAGUGUUGUGAGAUUAGUCCUCAGAUUUUCCGGAUUGUUUUUAGAGCAUAUAGUAGAGCUAAUUUGCCUCGUGAUGCCAUUAGGGCAUUUAAUAGAAUGGUGGAAUUUGGAAUCAAGCCUGGGGUUGAUGAUCUUGAUCAGCUUUUGUAUACUUUAUGCAAAAGGAAGCAUGUCAAGCAUGCCCAUGAAUUUUUUGAUAAAAUCAAAGGUGGGUUUGAGCCAAAUGUGAAAACUUUUAGCAUUUUGAUCAGGGGUUGGGGUGAUGUUGGUGAUGGAAAUCAAGCUCGUAAGGUGUUCGAUGAAAUGCUUGAUACAAAAUGCUUGGUUGAUGUUCUUGCAUACAAUAGCUACUUGGAGGCCUUGUGUAAAGGAGGGAAUUCUGAUGAAGCUUACAAGAUUUUUCGAGGCAUGCCAUCGAAUGGAAUUGAACCAGAUGCUUGUACAUACUCAGUCUUCAUCAGAGCAUACUGUGAAGCUAAUGAUAUUCAUUCAGUUUUUCGUGUGCUUGAUAGAAUGAGAAAGUGUAGUCUCUUGCCUAAUGUGUUUACUUACAAUUGUAUCAUUAAGAAACUGUUGAAAAAUGAAAAGGUUGAAGAGGCUUAUGAACUUUUAGAUGAAAUGAUUGAAUAUGGUGUUAGACCAGAUGCUUGGAGUUACAAUGCUCUGCUUGCUUUCCAUUGUGAUCAUAGUGAGGUUAAUAGAGCUCUUAAGUUAUUAUCCAGAAUGGAAAAUGAUAACUGUGUUCCUGAUCGUCAUAGCUAUAAUAUGGUGCUCAAACUACUGAUCAGGAUAGGGAGAUUCGAUCGAAUGGCUGCAGUUUGGGAGAAUAUGUCAGUGAAAGGGUAUUAUCCUUCUGCUUCAACUUAUUCUGUCAUGAUUCAUGGUCUGUGCAAGAAGAAAGGUAAGCUAGAGGAGGCUUGUAAGUAUUUUGAGAUGAUGGUAGAUGAAGGAAUACCGCCAUAUUCAUCUACCGUCGAGAUGUUGAGGAAUCGGCUUUUAGGCUUGGGGCUCCUUGAACAGAUUGAGAUACUUGCUUGUAAAAUGGAACGAAGUACUUCUUGCUCAAUACAAGAGUUUGCAAAUGCCAUGAGAGGCAAUAGGCCCUUUAAAGCAUCAAGAAAUGAAGAAAGUGAGUUUGAAAGUGACUGAAGAUUAUAGGUUUACUUUGUUGUACUGAAGUGUCUUGGAUAGGUUUACAUGAUUCAUCGAAACAAAUGAUACUGCAUUUUAAGUUUUAAGCUGUGUUAACAAGUUUGACAGGAAAAACCAAUAGUUGUAGUAAACACCCUUGUUGUCAAAUGUUGGAUUAUUUGCUAACAAGAAGAAAAAUGGUGUGAAAUUUCCAACUACAUGAUUGAUUUUAGUCUCAGCCUUCCUUUGUGUAUGUAAUUUGGAUAAUGUUAACAUGAUCAGUCUUUCUCUGAGAUCUUGAAAUGAAAGUUGAGAUGAUUACAUCGGUGUAAAA